CCACCGACUCACCCAUCCUGCGGAGCGGGGGGUGGGUAUCUCCCCGCCGCCGCCUGAGGAAUGUCAACUAUUCAACAUGGAGACGGCGGUUACCAGGCUGGAGACCAUGUUCCAGAAAGCAGAAUCUGAUCUGGAUUAUAUUCAACACAGACUGGAGUUUGAAAUAAUGAAAAGUCUUCCUGAUAAUCCAGCAGCAGAGGAAAAUCCAGUUGCUCUCUUGGAAGAACUCUCAGUGGUGAAAUCUCGUUACAAAACAUUAUGUAUGCAGCUGGAGAAGGUUUCCAUAGAGCAGAGGGAAUCCAUGAAGGGCAUCCAGGCUGCUCUAGAGAACACAAUGAAGAUGGUUCAGGCGUUACAGCAGCAUACUGAUCUUGAGCGCUUACCUCUGUCAGAAGAAGAGAAGGCUGCAGCACAGCAGUUAACCUGCCAAACCGUUAAAGAAAUGGAAUCGCUAGUGGAAGAGCCGUUUCGUUCAGGAUCUACAGUCCCUGGCUCAGCUGAAGAAUCGCAGUUCAAACCACUGACUGAGGAAACACUUAUGACUGUACCAAGGAGUAUCAGAAGUACUGUUAAACUAGCAGACUUGAACAAUUUGUACAGGGAGUUAUUUAACCACUUCAUUGUAAAUAAGAACAGAGCAGCGCUGAGUGUUUCGCAGAUGAACAUGAUGAACAUGAAAGCCACUGACUCAAGAAUACAGAUCUUGAAAGAACUUGCUAUUGUGGAACUUGACAAACAAGGAAAUGUUAGAUUAGUUGUGUAAAUGAAAGCUUGGCCCAUUCUCACUUGACACACAAGCAUCUUGGUCAUAGCUCCUGGACUGUUAACAAGCGUUUCUCUGGUGUCUAGGAGUUGCAAGUACACUGUUGGAAGGCUGUUAAUGUUUCUGUAUACAAAUUUUAUUUAUAGUACUUAAAAUUGGAGUUAAGAAACAGUGAGGUCGGUAUUUUAUCGUGGACAUUUAUAGGGCUAUAAUCGAUGCAUUUUUGACAAGUAUUGUGAGCCAUGUGACACUUCCAUAUUCUUGCUUACAUUCCUGAGCGGGUUUUUAAGACGUAACCCAAGCCACUUAAUUGUACUCACAUUCCUCAAUAAAUGAUGAAAGCUAAGGA